AUGGCGAGUAUUCGGCCGAUGAUGCUCGAUGACCUACUGCACUUCAACGCAGUAAACUUGGAUGUCUUCACCGAGACCUUCAAUAUGAAUUUCUACUUCAACUACCUGACUCGGUGGCCAGAAUGCUGUGCUGUGGCAGAAGCAGAUGGUCACAUAGCGGGAUACAUCAUUGGAAAAGUAGAAGGAGCUGGUCCAAAUUGGCACGGACAUGUCUCCGCCAUCUCGGUUGCUCCGGAGUUCCGUCGCACCGGUGUGGCCAACCGGCUCAUGGAAUAUCUGGAAGAGGUCAGCGAAGAGAUGCACGACUGCUAUUUUGUGGACCUGUUUGUCCGUCCAACGAACACAGCAGCGAUCAGAUUUUACGAAGGCUUGGGCUAUGUCAUUUAUCGUACCGUGACGGGCUAUUAUUCUGGUGAUGAGGAUGCUUAUGAUAUGCGCAAGCCACUGCGCAAGGAUGAAAACAGAAAAUCUGUUGAGAAUGCUGGAUAUCGAAUAUCUCCUGAGCAGCUGCACGCUUCUGCUUGA